ACAUUAUUGUUGCUGUUCUGCGACUUCAGAAAACAGGUUCCAAAGUGAAGCGGRAAAAUAUCGUCAUUGCUGUGUUGGUCAUUUCAUCGAUCCAGCCCCGGGGGGGGGAUCCAGCAUCUUCAGUAACGUAGUGACUGCUUGCGGUCACUAUUCUARUACAGAUCAUUUGCAUUUCAAUCCGACAGUGUUCGAGGAACAUGGCUAGAGGAAUAUGGCUUCGUUUUGUGAUUCUCCUGCUGAGUUGGCUUCGAUGUUCUUGUUCUCAAAGCUGUGCAGGAAGAUGUAGUUGCUCAACUAGAGGAAUACCGGGCCAAGAUACUUAUGAAAAAAUUGUGAACUGUUCGGCAAGAGCUUUACCUAGCGUACCCAACACAAUACCAAGCGAUACCACGGAAUUAAAUAUAAAGAACAAUGUAAUAAGCUGGUUGGAUACAAAUGUCUUUAGGACACUUCCAAAACUACAAAAAGUUGACUUGAGUAACAAUAACUUACAAACCUUACCUCAUGAUGUUUUCAAUUACAAUCCAUCUUUACGUGAAGUACAUCUUAAUGGCAAUCCACUAACCUGUGACUGCAAUCUCUAUGGUACAUAUAACAUUUCACAACAUCUGGCUAAAUUCUCUGGCAUCUGCUCCAACCCACCCUCUCUUGCAAAUCGUGAGCUACAGUCCUUAAAGGUUUAUGAAUUCUGUGGUGGCUGUGCAGGAAUAAAGAUGACAGGAAAAGGCUCACGUGAUAAAGAGUAUUUCAUCCAACUCAAAGUGAAAUGUGAAGCUUUUGCAAGUGUCUAUUGUCAUGGAAUGAACACCAAUUCACCUAAAGAGUACAUUUCACUGCGGAGUGGUCCAGUAUCUAAUUAUGCUCUGAUAUAUGAUUACAAGCAACCAGAAAGUGCGAAAUAUGAGUGUGACCAACAAACUGGUGGUGUCUUGUACAGUGAAGCUGGAAUAACUAACUUUACAAAGGUGCGCCUUAUUUUGGGCCCAAAUAGUGCUACAGUCGUAUCUGAUGAUUUCCAGUUUGCUACCAAAGUUGGUAAAACUGUACCUUUAGGAGUGGCGGGAGACUGUUACUCUGCAAGCCCAAACAACUGUCGAAAAGGACGAUUUAAGAUCGAUUUGACUGGAACAGGAUUUCAUCUUAAGGACGGGGUGCACUGGGAACACUAUGGUACUCCUAGUAAUAUUAAUAACACCCUGGAAGUAGACACGGACCGUAGUAUCGUGUACGGUGAAUGUGGUGGUUACUGUGGUGGGUGUCGACCUCGUGGGGAUAUUCAUUUAGAACUUGAUGCUUGCCCGGAAGAAGGAGUUAAACCUUGUUCGACUUCCUUGGGCAUGGACGAUCGUAGCAUAGAGGAUUCACAGAUUACUGCGUUAUCCAACAUUGCUAACUAUCUACCCAGCUAUGGACGGUUAAACAACAUUAAAUCAGCUAGUAUGGGAGGUUCAUGGUGUGCUGGCACGUCUGAUGUAAAUCAGUACUUACAAAUAGACAUGAAGAAAAAAAUGACCUUUUCUGGCAUAGCGACACAAGGAGCUGGUGAUGCACAAAACUGGUUAACAAAAUUUAAAAUCAUGAAAAGCGAUGACGGUAAUUCAUUCACGGAUCACACAGAGUUUGGGAUUGUAAAGGAUUUCUAUGCCAACAAAGAUAACUACAAUGUUGUAACAAACUGGUUUAGUCAGCGGUUCAGAGCCAGGUACAUUCGGAUCAUGCCUCUAGAAUGGAGCAAUGCCAUAUGUCUACGAGCAGAGCUUUAUGGAUGUGACAAUGAUAUGGUAUCAGUUGUGGUUCGGAAAAAAAGUGGUGAUAAACGUUGUUGGAGUCCUCAUGGAUCAGAGGAGUGUAACUUUGCUGAUGGAACAUCCAUGGUUCUUAAAUCUGAUUGCCAAGGGAAGGGUGUUAUGAUAACAUUUCGUAAGAACAAUGCAAUAAUACACACUUGUAGUGGAAAAUGUGUCACAAUUGACAACAACAAUCUGUUGACUUUGAGAGACGGACCUUGUGAUACAUUUAGAAAACAAGAAAAGGGUGUCAAUGAAUUCAUUAUCAUACAUGAAAAAUCUAAACUGUGCAUUGGUCUUGGUAAUGUCAAAACGGGACUUUUGUUACUAGCUGCUUGCGACCUUCAACCGACUUUGUUUGAAUUUUCACAAGAUGGUAUUUCUCCACUACCUCCUAUCAUAACUUAUGCAGACGAUAAUUAUCUAGAGGUUAACAAGUCAGGUUGGGUACAUUGUCAAGUCACUGCAGACCCUCGUGCUCAAAUAUUUUGGAGCAAAACACGACCUUGGCCUGAUGGACAGAGUCUGUCAAAGCUAGAGUUUUUACAAUCAUURAGUGGAUCUCUGUACGUAAGAAAAGCAAGGAUGAGUUAUUCUGGACGGUAUUACUGUUCAGCGGCUAACACAGCAGACUUCAAGUUUGGGUCCCUCAACAUCAAAGUUGGAAGUCCUCCUAACAUUACUUUGGGUCCGGUUGAUACUAAAGUAGUUCUCAAUGCAACUGUGAUGCUGAACUGCAAGGUAACAAAUUCCAAUCUUCCUACCAAGAUCUUCUGGUAUAAACGUGGCCCUAACCGCACUGCUGUUUCCGUUGACAAGCUUGAUCUACGCUUUUUGGUUCUAACGAAUAUGAGUCUUCGAAUAAGACUAGUGCAGAAAAACGAUGAAGCUCAUUACUUGUGCGUUGCUAAAAAUCCUCUUGGCUCUAACAACUCCACGGCCUUUCUCAAAGUGCUAAUCCCACCCAAAUUUUACGUCUUCCCAAAGGAUAUUGAAGUUCCAUCUUCCUCUUCGCCUAUCAUUCACUGUAAAGGAAUCGGUGAUCCAGCACCUGUCAUUAAAUGGUUCCACAAAGGUUCCUUGAAUCUGCCACCCAAUUUCAAAGUGUACCCUAAUGGCAGUCUCUUUAUGUCGAAUAUUGAGAAAAUUGAUCAAGGACUUUAUAUGUGCUCUGCGUCCAAUGAAGCUGGUACAGUUCAAGUGGAAGCAGCAGUUAAAGUCUAUGUUGCAUGUAGGAUUGAUUCCAUCCCAUACGCUACUUAUGUUCCUCAUCRAAUGUUCUUUCACGUCGACGAAUCAACAGUAGUAACAUGCAAAACUGGCUAUCAAAUGCGACAGGGACCUAAAUUUAAUAUCACUUGUGUGGCAAGUGGAAAGUUUAACAAAGCAAUACCUAAAUGUAAAGACAUUGAUGAGUGCCGAGUUGAUCCCUCUACGGAGYUAAACAAUCAUAAUGUGACAAAAUACCACAAGUGCAACAAGAAUGCACUCUGUGUUAAUACACCUGGUUCAUACCGCUGUGAGUGUAGCGAAGGAUAUAAARGAAAUGGUACUUCUUGUGAACCUUUAUGCAGUCGACCCAAAAUUCCAAUUAACGCCAGAAACUGGUUACCAGAGCAAAAAUAUUAUGACAUUGGCUCGUCAAUCACCUUGAUUUGUAAACCUGGAUUCAAAACCGAAUCGAAAUCAUCUGUUACGUGUAACAGUUCGCAUGCUUCUUUUGGUCAUUUGCCCAGCUGCAAAGACAUGGAUGAAUGUGUUGUAGGGGUGCAAGACAUCAAUUCUGGCGAACUGCACAGCGCAUGUCAUCACAAUGCUGAAUGUAGCAACUCUAUUGGUUCGUAUAGGUGUAUGUGUAAGUCUGGAUUCGAAGGAGACGGAUUCAACACCUGCACAGUUGUCAAAGAAAGGCUGGUCAAAAGUUCUAGUGGUAAAGAGUGGAAAUUCUCCCCCAAAAUGGACGCAGUCAAAGACAAGUUGAAAGAGUAUAAAGCAAAGAAUACCACAGCAGCGGCUGUCUUGAAAGUCCUCGAAGAAAGAACUGGUGUAAAGCAGGAAACGCUGACCUCAGGAGAUUUAAUCAUUAUUUUUGAGACUGUAAAAGAGCUAUUGAACGAUGCCAAGACUCCUGGAACUCAAACGUCAAAGACUGAAGAACUAAAAACUGUCACUAAAGUUUGCAGUAACAUUCUCGCAGAAGACAAUAAAGAACACUGGGAGAAAAUYCAAAAGGACAGUAAAGGCGUCACUGAGGUUAUGAAAUUGAUGGAAGACUAUACAUCAGCCCUGGCUGACGAUGUUGUAACAUUACAAGCAAGUGGAAACUCAUCCUUUUUACUUGACACAGAUAACAUUGGAUUGAAGCUAGGAGUAUAUCAAGCCAAAGCUCUUUAUGACGGACAUAAAUAUCCGGAAGGCGAACAGAAUCCCCAAGUCAUYAUUCCUGGCGAGGUCUUUCAUGACUACAAAUCGGGACUGCAAUCUAUCAAAAUUGUAGGGAUCACCUACAAAGGUCUUGGUAACAUAUUACCAAAUCGAGCAGAAGGAGUAGAAAAAUUUGAUGUCGAUUCGUCGUCUGUUAUCUCAACUUCUUUAUAUCCUAGUCCUGCAAUGCAUGAUGGUAAACUCCCAGCGCCUGUGAAAAUUGCACUUGUCAAACAAAAGACUACAAAGCAAAGUGCAGUGCCGAAGUGUGUCUUCUGGGAUUUUAAAACGGAUCCUGAUCGUGGAGGUAGCUGGUCGUCAGAAGGUUGCCGUGUGGUUGUUAGUAGUGAUAAUGGCACCCUGUGUCAGUGUGAUCACAUGACUAGCUUCGCUUCAUUAGCGGUAUAUGACAAGGAGCUUGUCUUUUCACUAGUUGUCUACAUUGGCUGUGGUAUAUUGUUGCUUGCUGUCUUCAUUUUAGCGAUCAGACAUCUUUGUCUCUACUGCAAAAGAAAAUCGGAACGUUCCGUCAUUCAUCUUCACUUGUACUUUGCUAUCGCUGCAGCCGUUGGCCUUUUUAUUGGUGCUUUAAAGCUGACCAAGAUCAAGGCUGUAUGUGUUUUAGUAGCCGCUCUUCUUCAUUAUUUCUUCAUGGCCAUGUUCUGUUGGAUAAUCGUAAAAUGCCUUCAAAUCUACAUGACCUUGGUCACUGGGAAAAACAAAAACCGUUCAAGAAUAAAAUGGUUCUAUAUCAUUGGAUGGUUGUUGCCAGCUGUGGUGGUCGGAGCGUCACUUGGCAUCUUCCAAUUAAAAGGAUACGGCAACUCAGAUUGGUGUUGGUUAGACUACAAAGAUCGGCUCUUGAUGUGGGCAUUUGCAGGUCCUGCAGCUGCAUUUUUCUUCGUGACUCUCAUUUUCGCCAUCUUGAUAUGUGUGUUGAAAGGUCGAGUUUUGGAUUCUACAGACAAAUCCAAAAUCAGCGUGGCUUUGUUAUUGGCAGUACUGCUAGAGAUAGUCAUAGGAGGUACUUGGGUUGCUGCUGCUAUUUAUGUCAAGCAUCAUCAGGCUCGUCUGUGGGAGUAUCUGUUUGCGGGCCUAUGUGUCCUACAGGGCAUCACACUACUUGUCUUUGGGCUUUUGGACAAAGAGAUAAAGAAUUUCUCAUUCCUGUAUCAAAUUAAGAAAAUUCAACAAAGAGAACACAAAGAAAAGAGAAAUUACUACAGUACAACAGAUACAAUACAGUACUAUGGUGCGGCCAACGCCCCAGACGGUAAGACAUACACAGUAACUCGACCAUCAGCAAAAGAAUCAAUAGGUGACUUAAGAGGUUCAUCAAAAAGACUGUCCCGAAUCGGUUCAAAUCAAGAAGUCAACGAACCUCCUGAUUAUCCCCCGCUUAUUGUGGAAAGUCCACCUGAACUAGACGAUUCUUACAGAAGGAAAAUCGAGUCUCAACCAAUACCUUACACCCCAAGUUAUCCAAACAGUGAAGUCAUUCAACUACAAACAUUCCCAGUAAGAAAAGCGAGUUCAGAAACACAUUCUCGAUUUUCGAGUGAACGACAGCCAGAUGGAGCAGAAGCUGCAGAGCUAUCGCCAUCCAAUGAACAYAAGGACCGUUAUUACAGUCUACCAAGAAGUAUUGGUACAUCACCUGCUCACUCAAAGCUGGAACAAAUACCAGAAAAAGCGCCAUUGCUUACAGAUUACCAGCACUCUACUACCAAUGCAACAAAGUCAUACCAAACACCAAAAGUAUGUACUGAGUCUUGUGUAACUGACAGCGAGAAAGUACCACUUACUGGUGAUUCAUCACGUCGACGAUCAGAGCGAGCAAAGGCAAGACUAGAAGAGCGCUACAAAAUGGAUAAGGAUUCCAUCAACAGACGCAAACGAAAACUUCGUUACUCAUCUGGAUUCUUAAUUGGUGCAACCAUCGAGGAAGAUAGAAAACCAGGUGAAAAAGAUCACGCAAGUUUGUAAGACUAGUUUAAUAUGUGGACCAAGUCAGUAUACAAAAUGAUUUUAUGCCAGAAUGUGUGUUUUUCCUAUGCCGGGCAGCCGAGUCAGUAUUUACGGAACUAAAAUUAGGGGUUCAGUAAUGCCUACAAAACAGUAUGAUUCUUAUGGCAUAAACAUAGUGAGGCCUUAAAAACGUUUAAAAACUAAUGAAUAAUUAAUGAGCUUUUGAAUCACUUGGAGCCUUCUUUAUAUAAAGAAUACUAAUUAGGAAGACUUUAUCAGAGAUAAAGGUGCAUCCAGGUUUAGCCAGUCCCACAUACGAUCAUCAACGACAUCUGAAAUAUYAUCAAUAAAUGCCUCUGUCUUGAGUAUGGCAUGCUCGACAAGUCUAUGAAAGUAUAAAAGUCCAUGCUCACUACAUAUAUUGUCGCUCUAAUUCAACCAAAGGUUUGAGAAUUAUUCCUAAGUUUUUGAAGCCAUUCAAUAAACUUGCAGAUCAUGUUUUAUUGGAUCUAAAACCAAUCGCCUAUGCCCCAUGGUUUUAUACCAUARAAAACAUUCCUGCUUGUUUAUUAAACAGUACAAUAAUUUACCACUUUCCUUUUAUCAAAAAUGAGCUGAUUUGCUGUCAUUUYAUUUUAACACACUGUUAUGCAUGUUAAAUGUUAUGGCCUUGAAAUCAGAACAUUUCACAUUUGAACAUGCACUUURUAGCAAGUGAUCAAAUAUACUCUACUAGCCUCCUCCACAACCUACCCUAUUCUUCACAGGUUUUCUUUUAGAGUUAAUUCUGGAGUAGAUUUGUCUGCCGAGGAGGCUAUCUUCCUUCAAGAACCAGAACUGGAAUUAUCAAGGGCUGAGUGGGGAGGAGAGGCUAAAUAGGGGAAAAAAUGCACACAAUGUAUAUACAGUCAAUGUCAUUAACAUUGUCCAACGAAAAAAGACAUUUACACAUUUACACARUUAGACUAAAAGAAAUAUCACAUGUUUCAUUAUGUAUUCUUUGCCUCGUGUGCGUCWGUCUGAACUUUAAAUGUAAAAUUCAACUCGUGAAUCAAAAAUCCAACUCGUGAAUCAAAAAUCCAGAAUGCCCCACCAAUUUGAUGAGGAUUUAAGAUGGAGAAUGGUAUUUCAGCCUUUGUUUUAUGCCAAAACGUUCGAGGAAACACAUGAUAUUUCUUUUAGUCUAAAUGUGUAAAUGUGUAAAUGUCUUUCUUCGGUGGACAUUGACAUUGACAUGACAUACUGUAUAAUCAUAACACUGUUCCUUAAAUGAAUAAGUAGUGAUUUCCUGUUUGCUUGACACUUUUACGUAAGAUAAUGUUAAAGAAAUAAAUUUGUAUAUUCUUUAAUAAAAUGAUAAAGUUAUAAUAACUAUACUUAUUCAUAUGCAUCAUGAUUUAGGGUCAUUAAUUGUAUAAGGCCAGCAAUGUCAGGUGAUGAUGUAGACUGGAUAGGUGUAUCAUUGCUAACCCUAACCUUAACCCUAUCACUUGUACGAUCAUCUAUGCUGUGAUUGGUUAGAACAUUUGUGCUAUGAUUGGCAGUUUGGUUGUUACAUCUUUGCACAGAGUGUGUUCUUAAUGUCAGUAUCCAUGCUUCAGAAAUUUUAUUACCACUGUCCCUAUUGAUAUUGAGGGUGGAGUCAGAUCUGAAUGGCUUCCUUAACUCUGGGUGUAUACCCUAAUAACAUUUCUAUAGGCCUGAAGGGUAGAUACCAACAAUAAUCACACCACAGAUGAUGCAACGAGUAGUAUAUAACAGACAUGCCAUCCAGUGUACAGCACCUCCUAAUAAAGACUAGCAAGUUCAAGCAGUCAAAAUAGCUUUUUACAAAUGACACUCAACCACAAGACAAAUGAAUAAGUAUGUUCCUUUAUUAGAACUUCCACAAUGUCUUGAAAAAUAUUUUAAAAUUUAAUGAUAAAGUUAUUUUCUUAUUUGAUGGCUUUUUAUAAGAAUGUGGACAUAAUAAGAAAAUGUGGUCAGUGGUUGACCUAAUAUUUUUAUAUCCAUUUAGCAAAUGGAAUAUCAAUUUUAGAGAUUUCCUGAUCCUACCCAACAUUUGGUGAACYAUGAGACAGCUUUGUACGUGUGAUUGCAGAGUAGCAUUUUGUUUGAUUCCUAUGACAAAUGUUAUAUAAUUGAGUAUUUGAACACUGGGUGGAUUUAUUUUAAAAGACYGAAUAAUACAAUCYGAAGAUGUUACCCCUGCAGUCAUUGAUUGACAUUUAGGAGUGUGCAUGRGCCAUGACUUUGAUAGCUUGUCUAAAAAUAUACAUGUGGUUAUUAUUAACUAUAAUCGUAGAUCAUCCUAAGAUCAUUUAAAUGUGCACUAAAAGUAAUAGAUUCAAAUAAAUUUGUUUUUCCAUUGUA